CUGCCGCUGGGAGCUGCCAGAUAAUCGCUCCCUGCAGGAGUCAGAUGCGGAGGGAAACGUUACAGGUGGCGCGGGACGACCGCCGAGCCGGAUCCAGGAGCGGAAAAAACGGCGGCAGUCUACACGGACCGGUUCGACGGCUCCGGAGUCUGUGACACGGGGAGUGUCAAAGGUGAACACCCUCCCACAACCGGUUUCCUGUUUAGGCCCCUGUGAUGGAAUACUGUAACGCAGCCAGCUCACCAGCCGGCCUGCCAGUGGACUGCUCAGCUUACGUUUGACUGGCAGAGAGAGACACAGGAAGGACAACAGGCAACAAGCAGUCAACCAACCAGCCAGUGACUCAAGCAGCACCAAACCUGCAGACCAGUUAGUCAGCUGCUCAAGUGAAUCAGUUACAGCUGGAGGAGGCCUCGCCUAUACAGUACAGCAUAAUGCAGUCACACGAAUGAAGACGUGCGCUAUAGCCCGGGCUUACGCUAUCACGGCUCACUCCAGCUGUUUGGCUGUUCACACAGGCUUUUUGCAUUCGGAUUUGUUGUGACUCACAUUAAUGAGAGCAGUGUGCUUGUCUGUGCACGUUUGGGCUUUUACUUUGUACUUCGCACCCCUAUUUGUAGUGAGACUCCAUGGUAGGGUAUUGUAGAUAUUGUGGAGGCUCCUGAACGGGCUAUAAAUAUCCUCAUGCUUCAAGUGGUUGGAGAGUCAGGAGAUACCGCUUUAGGGCUUCGACGAAUUGUUGUUGUUCAAAUUCUACUGCUCGAUGCGUCGAAACCCACCAGCAGCCAAAGGGUCACCGUUUCAGAAAGAAGCUGGUUCCAUGAACAUGGUCUCCUCCAGCAUCCCUCACCAGUAGCCGGGCAGCAUGGCUUCUGCUCCUCCUUCCAGAGAGGACACCAGCAGCUCAUUAACACUGCACUGGAGGCUAACACCAACAUAGAUAUACAUCAGGCAGGACGCUGACUUCAGACUCAACCAAAGCAGCCUGAGCCGCUCUCUACAGGCCAGGUUAAACAUCUGUAUGAACCGCUUUGAAAACAUGACUCGUGCCAGAGAAGCACAUGUCCAGGACAGCGACAUCACCACAGCGUAGCAGCAUCUGGACUGAGACCUUUGACCAUGAUCUGUCUCUGAUUGGGUGCUUCCGUGGCAGAGCUGGAUUGUGCAGCUCUUCCACGCUUAGACAAACCUGGACUCUGAGCCAUGUCUCUUUUCUCAGCUCUGAGCAUCAUCUGUGGACUGAUGCUCCAUGUAUCACUGAGUGCACUCAACACUCACUACUGUGUCCCACGAAAAACUGUCCCUUACCAGAAUGAGCUGAAGUUGUUCCGAGAGGAGGGGAUCUCCAACUACUCCACUAUGUUAAUGAGAGAUGACCUUGGAGUGCUGCUGCUGGGGGCCAGAGAGGCCAUAUAUGCCCUGGACAUCGACAACAUCUCAGUCAGAAAGGCUGCGGUGUAUUGGCGAGUCACUGAGGAGAAGCAGAGGGAGUGCACGUACAAGGGAAAACAUGCUGAGGUGGAAUGCCGUAACUACAUUCGAACCCUGCACAGAGUGAACGACACCGCAAUGUAUGUGUGUGGCACGAAUGCUUUUAGCCCCACCUGUGAUUAUAUGACAUUUGCUAAUGGACAGCUGAGGCUGCAGGGAAAGCAGGAGGAGGGAAAGGGGAAGUGUCCUUUUGAUCCUUUCCAGAGAUACUCCUCCCUCAUGGUUGGAAAUGACCUGUAUUCUGCUACAUCCAUCAACUUCUUGGGCUCCGAGCCUGUGGUUCUGCGCAGUUCAAACUUGGCUCUCCGCACUGAGUUUAAGAGCUCCUGGCUCAGUGAGCCAAACUUUGUCUACAUGGACUUUGUGGUUGAGAGUUUUGAUAGUCCCGAUGGUGAUGAUGAUAAGGUGUACUUGUUCUUCAGCGAGAAUGCCAUGGAGUACGAUUUCUACCGCAAAGUUGUAGUGUCACGAGUGGCCCGUGUCUGCAAGGGGGAUAUGGGCGGCCAGCGGACACUGCAGAGGAAAUGGACGUCGUUCCUGAAAGCGCGUCUGGAUUGUUCCCUCCCUGAACCCAGCCUGCCCCCCAUUGUCCAGGAUGUCUUCCUGCUGAAGCAUGCGGACUGGAGGAAGAGCGUCUUCUACGCUGUCUUCACCCCACAGUCGAGCUUGUCUCAGGUAUCUGCAGUGUGUGCAUACAGCGUGUCCUCCAUCAGAGAUAUUUUCAGCGAGGGAAAGUUUAAGACGCCCGUUGCUGUGGAGACAUCCCAUGUGAAGUGGGUGAUGUACACUGGAGAAGUGCCAGUCCCCAGACCCGGAGCGUGCAUCAAUAAUGUGGCACGUAAAAUGGGGAUGAAUCGCUCUCUGGACCUUCCUGACAAAACCCUCCAGUUCAUCAGAGACCGUCCCCUCAUGGACGAGGCUGUUCGUCCUCUGACAGGAGGGCCGCUGCUGGUCAAGACAGGAGCUUUGCUAACGCGGAUUGUAGUGGACAGUGUGCUGGCCCUGGACGGACAGAAAUAUGCCGUCAUGUUCAUUGGCACUGAAAAUGGUUAUGUUCAGAAGGCUGUCAACUACGCGGGAGAGAUGUUCAUCAUUGAGGAGAUUCAACUGUACGAAAACCCUGAGCCUAUCAGCAUCCUGCGCCUCUCAGCGAGCAAGGGCCAACUGUAUGCAGGUUCAGAGUUCGGUGCUAUCCAGAUGCCAGUCAGUAACUGCAGCCGCUAUGACACUUGUGUGGACUGCAUCCUGGCCAGGGAUCCUUACUGUGCCUGGGACUUCUCCACUGAGCAGUGCUCCUCGGUCUCCAGCUUACCCCCCUCUUCAAAUACUGCAGUGCAGAGUCUGAAGGAGGGAAACGUCUCACGAUGUCCCCAGCCAGAUCCCAUAGCAGCUGUCAACUUUACCCUCGUUCCAGAAAACAACAUCCAGCUGCCUUGUCAGCUCCACUCCAACUUGGCACAGGUCCUCUGGCGUUUCUCUGACCAAACACUUCACUCCAACCACAAAUACUACAUCUAUAGCGGAGGCCUCCUCAUCCUGAGUGCCUCUGAAGCAGACGCUGGCCUUUACACCUGUGACUCAGUAGAGCAGAUAAACGGCAGAACAUACAACCGAACCAUGGCAGUUUAUCGUUUACAGCUCUACUCUGGCCCCGCAGUGGGGGACAGCACCACUCCUGGCAACGAGGUGACAAAUUCCUCUGACUCUAUUCACACUCUGAAUACAGCUGCACCAGGGUCAGUGCCAAACCAGGGCAAUGAGGACCUGUUGUCCCCCGAGACUCAAAGUGACACUGGCAGGGUAACUCGUUUAGAGGUGGCUGUGGCUCUGCUUUCGCUGCUUUGUCUCUCCCUGAUGGGGGUAAUAUUUUGGAUCCUGAGUCGAGGACGUUGGGAAUGCCUCAAGUUCGCACAGGGCUCCAGUGAAAGCGAAGGAAAAAGGCAGUCAGGCGAAUACAUGCACAUCCAGAACAGGACUUCAGAGAUAAAGCUCCUGGGGCCUGAGUCUGGGAGACAUUGCAGUGCCAAUAAUAAUCACUCUGCUGUCGAUUUCAAAGGGAAUGGGGAGCACCACUUCACACCUAUGGCCAACAUUUCAAGUCUGGAUGGUCUGGGAUACAUAAAUGAUGAGUCAGAGAUUUGACUCUGCUGAGGUAUAGAAUUCAGUCUGAGGCCAACGCCGGUGCAGUAAUUAUAUUCCUAUAGGUGUACUUCUAACCAGAGACAGUUCUUAGAAAAGAUUUCCAAAUUAUAAAUUCUUUUGAUUGGUCUCCUGUUCUUCCUUGCCAAUUUCCUGCACUGUCUAUCAUUUCCGUACUCUUACCGGGCAGCUGAUCUUCAGUGAAAAGACUUUUUCUGGUGGUAUUUUCACACCAGGAAAUUGUUGAAAAGACAUUUUUUUAUAUAUGUAUUUUUUGUACAAUGACAACUUGUGAAUACACUUUGUGUAAUAUAUUGUGUACAGCCAAGACCUUCAUCUACUAUUUAUUUUUUGCAAUGAAGUUUUUAUUUGAGCUUAAAACACUUGUAAUCUACAAUAAGUCUUGUAAAUAUGGUCACCAAGAAUGAACAAGUAGCAAACACGUUGACCUCUAAUUUUCAGUCACAUCUCAUUUUAUGGACAAAAUUCAUCAGAGUACACCACCAGUCUUCGGCUGUGUUACUGAUCGAUCGACACUCUGUACUAGUAUAUGUACUAGUAGUAUCUAGGCAUUCAAAUGAUACUCUUAGGUGAUGCAGAGUGAACUUUAUACCUCUAUCUUCCAUAACAACAAAAAAAUAAUGAUAAGAUUAUCUCACUCCAGUAAAUGUUAUAUCAUCAGUGCAGUAGUGUGACCAGGGUUGUUUUUGGGUACACAGCUAUAUUUUAGUUUCCGAGCAUUUACUGUAGUCUUACUAUGAAAAAGACAAAAUGUCAUUGGGAUAUAGAAGUGUAGGAGUACAUUUCUGGCAGUGAGUCAACUCAGAGACAUAUCACAGAUAAGAAAGUGUGUCAGACUUUGGAGAAUGCAGUUCUUGUUCAUAAUACCAAAAAAAAACUAUUGGGAGUUUGACGUGAAUGUAGCUGUCAGUAAUGAUUACCUUCUCUCUCGCACAGCUGAAACAUGUAUUUGAAAGCGAUGCUGGAGGUUUAACUGACGUGCGUCUCGUCUUGAUGUUUGGAAAAAACACACUCCUGUGUGCCGGGAUCAUAUCAACAAAAACGCGCAGCAACUCGUUACCUCAGACCUGUUUGUUUUAGUCGAAAAAAACUCUGAGGCCAAACUAAAUUACAGGAAUGCAGCCUGAAUCUGCUCUGUGUUUUUUUUCACACUGUCAUUAACGACGGCGCUCAGUGCCACCUUAUGUUUCAUCUCAAACAAGUUCUGUAAAAAUUAAAGGGCUGAAGUAGGUCUCUACUCAAUUAUUCAACAGUGCAGUAUAAGAACGUUGUCUUGAACAGAAUUGCAGAUAUAUAUUGGUCUUAUCAGGUAAUAAAUUAAUAAAAUAUUGUCAGUGCAGUCGCAUAGAUUUUGCUGUUUCUUUUAAGUGCUUUCAUCCCUAGCAUAGGCAUAUUUACACUGGGGAAUUAAGACAAUCCACAUGCCAGCUAUUGUUUUGAGUUUCUUUAUUCCAAAAACAGCACCUGGACUUAUACUGGGUUGUUUAUAAGUUUCAUAAACCACCGUCUUUGAUAUAUAUUUUUUUUUAACUGCCCUCUCUCCUGUUCUUCACUCCUCCUUUUCCUCCCAAGAUUUAAUGAGGUUUCUUCUCUUCCCUUACUUUUAGUUCAGGCUGUCUUGUGAAUUCUUCUGUGAUGCUCCCAGGUUUGUUUUUUUUUAAUCCCACAUAUCCUCAGUUUCUUCGAAUAUUUCUGACUUCUGACUUACAUUUCUGAAUAAAUCAAUACAACAGCAUCUCUUUGCCAGGGCGAAAGACUGACACUGAGGAUGUGGGAUAAAGAGAUUCUUUUUCAAAAGCUGCAGGAAAAAUGGCCACCAACAGGGACAACCAGACCCUACAUGGGCC